AAUAUCAGCAUAAUUCCGUCAGUGAGAUCUGUUCAGAUAUACACUGAGAAGCGAGCAUACGUUACAGGAACUGAUGUAAUGUUCCUGGCUGUGACAGAAGAAGCUGAUCCACUGGAGUUUCACUGGCAGUUUGGGGACUCAGUUACAUUUACAACUAGAUCCAGAACCUUCAUUAAGAGAUUCUUCCUUCCUCAAAGGUACAAUGUCACCGUCCGUGUGUCCAAUGCUCUCCACUCUGUUAGCUCAGAGAUUUAUCAUGUGGUGAUUCAAACUGCAGUCAAGCCCAACAGACUGCUGUUCAUGCCCUCAGUGCUGCUGGACACAUCGUCGAGAUUCACCUGCAGAAUCGAUGCUGGCACAAAUGUCUCUUAUGUGUGGGAUUUUGGAGACGGAACUCAGAGAGUGGGACACAGCACUGAGCAGCACUUCUUUAACAGAACUGGAGAGUUCACAGUUGAAGUUACUGUAUUCAACCUGGUCAGUUCUGCCUCGUUGAAAGGACAUCUGUUCGUAGUUUCUGAGCCAUGCCAACCUCCAUCUGUGAAGAACAUGGGCCCCAGCAAGAUACAGGUGUGGCGUUACCAGCCUGUGUCCAUCGGUGUGACCUUUGAAUCUCAGAUUCAGUGCAACAUCUCCAGUGGUCUGCUCUACACCUGGUUCCUCUAUAAACCAACUGGGCAGCAACUUCACAUCCCACUCAUUCAGACAAACAGACAGAGACUUGAACUGCCUGAGUAUCUGCUCCAUUAUGGCACUUACGAAGCAGUAUCAAAGGUUGAGGUUGUAGGCAGCAUAGUUUACAGCAAUUACUCAGUUCAGAUUGAGGUGAUGUCCAGCCUUCCUGUCAGCGUCAUCAGUGGAGGCACUAAUGUGUUCAUCAACCGCAACAACAACAAUGUCAUCACUCUAGAUGGACAAAAGUCAUAUGAUCCAGAUUACCCAGGCUAUGCUAUGAGUUACAGGUGGAAGUGCAGGCCAGUAAACUCAGCCGAAAGCUCCUGCUUCAGAGAGAACCUUCCUGAUUCCUCUGCAGUGCUGGCAUUUCCUGCUCGUGCUCUCCAGCCUGACAGCGACAUGUUCAAAUUCACUCUGACUGUACACAGCGCUAAUCGCUCUUCGUCAUCCCACAUCUUCAUCACUGUGCGAUCAAAACCAACCAGCUUUGUUCACAUAUCAUGCAAAGAGUGCAGAGGAAACUCUAUAAACUGGAAUGAGCCAUUUUCUGUCACUGCUAUGUGUGAAAAUUGUCCAGAAACUGUCACCUAUUCCUGGAAAUUGUACUCAGUAAACGCAUCAAGUAAAACUGUGCCAGAAGGUCCUUUCUGCAGCAGUGUGGACAUAAGUUUACCCUCUAAAAUGGAGGAGGACAACCUUUUAUUUCAAAAAUCUGAAGUGACCACUCAGACUUCAGCUGUUAGCCACUCUGAUAAGAUCGCGAGUCAUUACCCUUCUAACUCUACUGGUUCAGUUCUGUUGGCUCAGAUAUGGAACAGACUGUCCAGCAGCUCUGAUGAUUCACCUGAUAUGAGUAACAUUUAUCACACUACCAUUAGUAAAGCAUCAGAAGUGACCUCCACAAGCCCAUUACCUUUCCUUUUACCAAACUCUCGGCAUUUAGCUGGAGAAAAGAAAUCUCACAGGAGCAAGAGCCGAUCAGAGAGGUCAGUGGAGCACCAAGAGGAACCAUUAGCUCCUUUUGAUCUUCUGUCUGGUCUUGACAGUGCAUCAGAGUCCUCAGGAGCUUCAAGUGAAGAUGAUUACCUCUAUGCUGUGGACACUGAAGAUGAAAACACCAACAAGAACAAUGUCACCUUCAAACAUUCCAGUAUUCAUGGAGAUCUAGAUUAUGAGUAUUUCUAUUCUGGAAUGGAAGAGGCUGAUGUAGGAGAGCCUGUCGGGCGACCAACAGGCCUCGGCAGUUUAGAUGACGCAAGCCUUCACUCUGAUGAGCGUGAGGGGGACAACCUGGUGGACCCCAGCAGUGUUGGCCGUUUGGUGGUGUCUGAGAAAACUCUGCUGGAUCUGAACAGAGAGCUCAUCCAACCAGCUUUGUUUCAGUCUUACACAUUUACAGGGGCAUCCUCCCCCAGUAUUACGUUUAAGCCCACCUCGCUGAAACCCAAAAGUCUAUACAUGCUGGAGGUCUCUGCACUUUUUGAUCAGGUUCCGCAGGGGAAAGCCCAGCUGUUCUUCAACACUCAUUCCAUUCCUGAGGGAAUGGCCUGCCACGUACAGCCCAGCACAGGCCUGGAGAUGCAUACACACUUCAGCAUCUUCUGCACUUCAGGAAGACAGGAUCUGCUGUAUGUAUAUAGCUUUAGUGUCGGUAACUCUACAAAAAAGCUUCUCUACGAGGGCCGAGAUUUCCAACACUACUUUAAUCUUCCAGCUGGAGACCCCUACAACAAUUAUGAAGUUACCAUCUACAUUGAAAUUCGGAAUAGAUUUGGAACAGCUACAAAGCCAUGCCCUGUAACUGUUACAGUCCAGCCAAGCUUCCGGAGAACUUCAUCCUCAAAUCCAGACCAGGAGUUGUUUGUUUAUGGUCUAGGCAAUCUAACUACCCUGAUGCUAAUGAGAAACAGCAGAGAUAUCGUUAACUACGUUUAUCUCCUCACUGUGUUGUUGAACCGGCUGAGUUUGGACCCAGAAUCAUCUAUUAAACUGCAGACAGAUACACGAGCUGCUCUAGUUUCAGCUUUGUGUCAGCUGAACGUCUACAGCAAGGAUUUGUUGCUUGAUAUCUUACACACUCUCACAGAUCUUCUGAAUGCUUCCAAUCAAGUGACAUUUGACAGUGCCAUACUGGUAACAAAGUACAUUCAUCGUAUAUCAUCCCUGCGAGAGACCAGUUUGCCUGCGAGUCACAUUUUGGAUGUGAAUGUGGUGAAAUCAGUGGUGUUUGUCCUCUCUAAUGUCCUGGACACUCCAAUCCCUUCUUCCAGAGCAGGGAUCCAACUGACACAACAUGUCCUUCGUGGCAUCACUGACUCAGUGCUGAUGUUUUUGCAUUCCAGCAAAGACCCACAGGUCAGUGUGAACACCACCACCAUGAAUCUGUUUGCUUGGCAGCAUUACGGUUCACCUCCAACAGUGAAAACUAUUCAUACGACUACAUUUUACAUUCCUGAUCUGCUGGAUAUGCACAUUAAACAAAGGAGGAACACUGCUGAACAAAGUUUCAUCACUCAGCUCAUAUCAUACAAGCAGAACCCAUAUCACUGGACCAGAACAUCUGUGCAGCUGAAUGGAGAUGUAUCUGAGGUGAAGCUCUUCAACUGCACCAGCAGAAGAGAGAUCAAAAAGAGAUACCUAUCCACUCCAGUUGUUGUGGAGUUCCAGAAGCCUGAGGAGAUGAAUAGCAAAGACAUGAGGUUCACUCUCGCUCGCUCUGCUGUGAACAUACACCUGUUCAGCAUUACACCUGAGCUCCUGCAGAAGACGCUUCAGCUCAGAGUGGAGUUCAGCAGGCCAACACGGCGCACAUUUCCCAUCAUGCUGCUAUUCAGGAUGCAUAAGAAACCAACACUAACUUUGUACAACAUACAGAAAGUGUAUCAUUGGAAAGAAACCAUGGUGCAGAUCUUCCUGCCUCCUUCAUCUCUGAAAGAUGCAGGGACUGCUUAUUUGAUGCUUCUCAAUGCUGACUACAAUAAAAGUCCCAUCAAUAAGUAUACAGCAAAUGCAGUGAACUAUACGCUGAGCAUUGAGUCCAUUCAGUGUUUGGCCUGGGACGGGCUGAGAGAGUGGAGACCUGACAGCUGUUCUGUACUAAAGGGCUUUUCUACAAUAAGAAUCAACUGCAGUUGCAGCCAACUGACAUCAUUCACUGUUACACAUCAGACUAUCUACAGCAAUUACAGUGUUACAAACAUCACUGAGCAUACCAGCACUCGUUCCAGCCUGACAUUGUGUAUUCUAAUAGCAGUGUCAGUGGCUGUGUAUGCUGUGCUGUUGGUGUUUUGCAAACAUGCUGAUGUUCGUACUGAGAAGAGCUCAGGUUCAUUCCUCUUGCCAGAUAAUGAUCCUUCAGACCAGUUCCUCUAUGCUGUUACCAUCCACACAGGCCUCAGAUCUAGAGCCAGUAUGACAGCAAAGGUUUAUAUAAUUUUGUAUGGUGAAAAUGGAGCCUCACAGACCAGAGAGCUCAGCAGUUCUGACCACAAACUCUUUACCUCCAAUUCUACAAACACGUUUAUUCUGAGCACGCCAUGCAGCUUGGGACAGGUACAGCGGGUGCAUCUGUGGCAUGAUGCUUCAGGCUCAUCUCCCAGCUGGUUUCUCAGCCAUGUGUUGGUGAAGGAUCUGCUGCAGAGCUGUAGUUGGAUCUUCCAGGCUCAGUGCUGGCUGGCUGUGGAUGAAGGAGACGGUCGGGUGGAGAGGAGACUGCAGGCUUUAGAACGAAAUCUCACGUUCAGAGAGAUGCUGUAUCUGAAGCUGACAGAAUGUUUAGAGGAUUUCCAUCCAUGGUUGUCUGUCUACAGCCGUCCAUCAUACAGCACUCAUACACACACUCAGCGCUUUAGUGUGUGUUUUCUGCUCCUGCAGGCUUACAUGUGUGCAAACACUGUGCUCAUAUAUCUGCAGGGAGAGCAGUACUCCUCAGAGUUGGGCCUGAUUGGUGUGUCGCCAGUCUCUGUGGUAACAGGGCUGUGUGCUUUAACUCUGCUGCCAGUAGGGAGUCUGGUCUCCUACCUGUUUCGCAUCAGCAAGCCAAACAAAAGCAGAAAUAAGCCUGGGGACCAGUAUAAAGUCAGGCUACCCCAUGUCUACACUGUGGAAGACCAUCAUGAUGCCCUUCUGCUGAGGGGUAGAGUAUCUGAGCCAAACCUUUCACGGACACAGAACGGAGAGAAAAGUGAGCAGGGGAUCCAGGACUGGAAAUAUAACCGUGAUUCUACUUGGGUAACCUGCAACAAACUGGCCAGUGACUCAAAGCUGCAGAGAACAACAGACUCCAGCUCUUGCAUUGAAAUCAUUGAAGAAACCAUCCCUGAGAGUGUGGUGCUACUACACAACAUGGGCUCUUUGGCUGUGUUUGUGUCUCACUUUCAUGAUCAUCACUGCAAUUAUGGGAUUAAAAUUCUUAUCAUUGCGAUCUGCGCGACUCUGCGGUGUAAAGAGCAAAGUUAUUUUUACCAAAGCUCCACUUUCAAUGAGCCUGUCACUGAGCUACUGAAACAGAAUAAGCAGAGCGGAAUUUGUUUCAGCAAGCAUUUCACAUCCUGCUCCCACCAUCAGCCUGAGGAGAUCAGUAUGUAUUAUGAGAAGGUGCUGGAAUCUCGUAAGAGAGAGAGAUACCUGCGGCUCGCUCACCCGCCAACUUCAACACAACUAAAAUAUGUGAGAUGCCAAAUUAAAAAGAGGACACUCGUUCAGAAAACUAUAAGGGAGUUGAUGCUGUACAUGAUCACCUUGACAACUGCUGGCUUUGUGGCUUAUGGAAAGUUUCCUAACGAUAUGUUUCAUUUAAAUCAGGCAGUCGCAACUUCAUGUUCAAGGUAUUUGCACAGACCACAUAACUUCUUUCAUAAACCUGAGGCGUGGUGGGACUGGGCAGAAAAUGCUAUUCUAGAUGGACUUUAUCAACAAAACACGUCUUAUGAUGGGAAGGAAAACAAUGCAAAAACAUUGAGAGGAAAUUUCUUUCACAUUGGAGAUCCAGUCAUUAAAAAGAUGGAAUAUACAAGCUCAUUGUCUCAGUUUUUUCAGAUUUGCAGAUUUUCAGGUCUCUCCAACAGACCACACUUGUGUGGGAAAUUAGGAUGUUAUAAAGGAGCAGGAAUUCAUGUCCAUCUAGGAAAAAACAGGUCUGAAGUUUCCAGCACACUUCAGGAGCUGAGGGCUACAGGCUGGAUGGACCGUAACACUGAAGCCAUGAUAGUCCAGUUCACCCUAUACAGCCCUGCCUACAAUCUCUUCACUACGGUCACUAUGCUGGAAGAACAGCCGCCCAUAGGAGGCUUUCAGCCUGCAGUCUUCAUCCACUCCACACGGCUUUAUAACUCAGCCACUGCCCUUGAUUACUGGCUUAUAGCUGCAGAGCUUCUCUUCCUGCUCCUCACUCUGCUUCAGUUGUACAUUCAAAUAUGUGUUUUGGCUCAGAAAGCAUGGCUUUACUGGACAAACCUGUGGAACUGGCUCGAGGUGAUGUCACUUGUGAUCAGUUUUCUCAGCUUCAUCUGUGCCGCGCAGCACUUCACACUCAGAACAGACACAAUCGAACACCUGCAGAGGGAAGAUUUCAAGAAAUUUGUUGACGUGAGUCCUGUAUCCUCCUGGGAACAGUAUCUGAGGUUUCUUUGUGUUCCACAGUUUUCUUGCUCACUUCACGGUCUUCUUGUGUUCCUUCUUCUGAUGAAGUGUUGCUUCAUGCUACGCAUAAAUGAAGUGAUGACUGCUGCAGUAUCUUCAAUGGCACUGAUCUUCUCCAACCUGCUUUGGCUGCUGAUAGCUGGUGUGAUCCUGAUCAUUGCCUUCUCUUGUUUGGGCAACCUGCUUUUCCAUUCAAACUCAUCAGUCUUCAGGACCUUACCAACAUCUUUUUAUUGGAUUAUCUCUCACUGCUUUGGCCGGGAACGACUCAGAUAUCUCUGGGGACUUGAUCACAAAGCUCAAGCUUCCUUGGUGCUCUGUGUCUAUGGAGCCUUAUUGUGCACAGUGUCUGUUGCUUUUAAAGCAGUGGUAGCUGGUGCAGUCACCUCCUUUGUGAGAAAGGCAGCAAAAUCCCGAAGAAGAAAAACUCAUCUAUCUGUUUUUGACUUGCUCACUUACACCAGAGACAUGAUUUUGGUUCUCAUUGGCAAAGGCAGGCAGAAUUGGAUGGAUAAUCAUAACGCUACUAAUUUGUACCUGGAGGAGUUUGAGGAUCUUGUUGAUGAGCUGUUGUUGCGGCUCAAUGUGAUUUCCAACAGUUGCACCCUUGAAGAACAAGAAAACCAUUACCAGAGUUACCUCAGUUUUGCACAUGAUUACACCUCAGAGGAUGCUGAGGAGGAGAUAGCGAUGACCCCAGCAGAGCUGGAGCCCUCUUGUGCAUGCAGUAUCUCUUCAUACAUACAUGAAGAUUGCAGCCACAGGUCACCGCUUGUCUGGAAAACCUUUCAGCCUUUUGGAGGAAGCAGAGGAAUGGCCUAUGACAGAGCCAUUUCCCCAGAGCAGAGGAUUCGCAGAAACAGCACUGUAGUGCCAGGGAAGAAGCCAAAGGACUCGCAAACUUUACUUUGUGUCAGCGUUCAGAUUGAAUGCAGUGACACACUGAGCUCAAACAGAGAUCAACACUUUAACCUGGCCUGCAAAGAUAAUAUCUUGCAUAAAGCUGGGAGCUCAAAAAUAGAACCAGCCACAGUUUUAAACUCUCCUCCUGACAACAUAAAGAGUCCUUCAUCUCAAACAACGGCAGGUGGACAGUUCUGUAUCAAUGAAACAACACAGGUGCAUUCUGAAAAACAAACAGUCAAUAUUCCUGGUCAGUGUUUUUAAGGUCAUGCUUUAUCAAAGUCUGCUCAUAACUUAUACAGGUCCAAUAAAGGAAUAUUGCUAAAAUGUUUAAA